CACAAUCAACAGCAGACGAACAUUUCUACCCAACAACAAAAUGGAAGGUGGUGUUACGAAGAAGUUCACGACCCAAACAAUUGUUGGUUAUAUUGUGAUUUUGCGUACAAGUUUGUAAUUUUUGACUUUGGUCACUAAUUCUAAUUUAAUCUAUUCAAUGGCACAUUCCAGUGUACGGAUUGCCUUUGAAGUUGGACAUGAAGCAGUUCCAAGGAACAAGCGUACUCAGGAAGGCUUUACCCAUGACUGGGAAGUUUAUGUCAGAGGUGUUGAUGGUGCUGAAAUUCACCACUUUGUUGAAAAAGUUAUUUUUAAUCUACAUGAAACAUUUCCUCGGCCAAAAAGAGUGUGUAAGGAUGCACCUUAUCAGGUGAAGGAAUCAGGUUAUGCAGGUUUCAUUAUUCCUAUAGAAGUGCAUUUAAAAAACCACCAAAUUAUUCGAGUGCAAUAUGACCUUCAACUGGAUACAGCAGUUUCAACAAGGCGAUCGCAAAUUGAAAAACAUAAUGUGCACUUUUCAACAGAUGAAUUUCGAAAGAGACUCUUGAAGGGAGGAGGGGAAAUGGUGAGAUCAGAUGAUUCAUCUCAUGCCCCACGCACCUCCAGCAGCUCUGGCAGCUCUGGUAGUCUUACUGGGUCUGGCCCUUCCUCAUCCUCCAAUGGCGACCUCUUCAAACCACCCAGUCAAAAGAGCAGCAAACCUUCUCCUACUCCUAAACCCAGUAGUAAUAGCAGUAGCAGCAACAGUACUAGUAGCAGCAGUGCAAGCAGCAGUAGCAGUAGCAGCAGUAAACCUUUUCAUACUUCCGACAAGGUUUUAAGCAGUGGAAAAUCCCACCAUAAAGAUGGAAAACGCGACAAAGAUGAAAAAAAGGAUAAAGAUCGCAGCAGAGAAAGAGAUAAAAUUAAGGAGCAACGAAAACCAUCAACUUCUCCGAAAAGAUCACUUACACCAUCAAAGACAGGUUCCUCCUCGAAAAAUGGUGCUGAGCCUACACCCCCCAAGAGGUCGUUAUCUCCCAAAAGAUCCUUUUCUCCCAAAAGACCAAUAACACCCUCAAAGCCUCCUUCCAAAGAAGAUAAGAAGUCAAACCAUGGAGAAAGUGAUGAGAAAGAAAGAAAACAUGAAAAGCACAAAAAGGAUAAAAAGGACCGAGACAAAGAAAGAGAGAAAGAAAAGGAGAAGGAAAAAGAGAAAGAAAAAGAGCGAGAGAAAGAGAAAGAUAAGGAGAAGGAUAAGGAUAAGGAGAAAGAGAAACAUCGAGAGAAAGAGAAAGCUAAGAAGGAAAAAUCAAAGGAGAGUGAGAAAGAGAAGCCAGAAAAAGAAAAGCCAGAGAAAGAAAAACCCGAAAAAGAAAAGCCUGAAAAAGAAAAAUCGGAAAAAGAAAAGCGUCACAAAGAACAUGAAUCAAGUAGUAAAGCUUCUAGUAGCAGUUCAAAUUUGGAUAAAAGUGAAAAAUUAAUAGAAAAAUCUGUAGAGAAACAAAAAGAGAAAGUAAAGGAGAAGAAAUCAAAAGAAAGUGUAGAUAAAAGUAAGGAAAAGGUUGAAAGUGGAGAGAGCAAGGACAAGCACAAGGAGAAACAUAAACACAAGAAGAAAAAUAAGGAGAAAGAUAAAGACAGAGAAAAGGACAGAGAAAAAGAAGAACGAUCCAAGGAAAAAGAGAAAGAACGAGAAAAAGAGAGGGAAAAAGAAAAGGAAAGGGACGUUUUAAGAGAAAAAGAAAGAGAACGUGAAAGGGAAGCUCAACGGGAAAAGGAACGAAAGGAAGAAGCUGAGAGAGAAAAAGAAAGACAAGUGCAACGUGAAGCCAAAGAGAGAGAACAGAGGGAAAAGGAGAAGAAAGAAAAAGAAGAAAAAGAGAAAGAGCUUCAGAGGGAAAGAGAGGCAAAGGAAAGAGAAAUACGUGAAAAAGAAAGAAGGGAAAGGGAAGAGAGAGAGGCGAGAGAGAGAGAGGCAAGGGAGACAAGAGAGAGAGAAGCGAGAGAGAGAGAACAGCGUGAAAAAGAAAGAAGAGAGAGAGAAGAAAAGGAGGCUAGAGAGAGAGAGGCAAGGGAGAGGGAGCAGCGUGAGAAAGAAAGGAGAGAACGCGAAGAAAGAGAAACAAGAGAACGUGAGGCAAGGGAAAGAGAGGCAAGGGAGAGGGAGCAGCGUGAAAAAGAUCGGAGAGAGCGUGAAGAAAGAGAGGCCAGAGAGAGGAGAGAGAAGGAAGAACGAGAGAGAGAGCUGAGAGAAAUAGAGCAGAAAGAGCGUGAACAAAGAGAAAGGGAUUUGAAGGAACAAGAGCAAAGAGAGAGAGAGCUUGAACAAAGGGAAAGGGAAAAAGAGAGAGAAAGAGAGAAAUUGCGGAAAGAUGAAGAAAAAAGGCGCGAGAAGGAACGCAUUGCUAAGGAGGCUGAAGAAUUGAGGAGAAGAAGGUCACCAAGCCCACCAAAAAGUGUGAAGAAAAAGCCUUUGACAACUUUACUGGAAGAUAUUGAUGAUGAUUCCUCUUCCUCAUCAUCUGACAGUGACUCUCCUUCACCCAAAAAGUCAGAUGAAGAGGAUUCUUCCAGUUUAUCUGACCGGAAAGUACUUAAAUCUAAAAAGAGCAAAAAGCCUGUGCUAAGCAACACUGUAGAAGUGAAAAAUGAGUCAGAUGCAUCAGGUCCGCCAUCUCCUCAAAUCAGCAAAAAAAAAUCUCAACCUGCUACAGGAAAUUCUCCAAGUAGUCCAGUAAUAGGAAAGAAGAAUAAAAAGACUAAGGGUAAAAAAAGCAGUGAUUCUGAUGUGACACCGUCAAAACGCAAACCUGGCAGACCAAGCAAAGGAGGGUCCAGUGCUGAUAAGGAGAAGAAGAAAAAAGAUAAAGAAGAGAAGAAACGGAAAAGAAAGAAAGAAAAAUCUGCUGACGAACCUUCAGCAAAAAUUCCAAGAAAAGACCUUAGUACAAAUGAAGAGCCAGACUCUACAACCACAGAACCAGAUGCAGCCCUACAAGAUGCUUCUGACCCAGCUGGUUGGACAAAACUUGGAGUAGAAUUUACUGAGGAAUAUGUCUCUCAACUUAGGGAACUACAACGUAAAAUAAUGACCUUAGAAAAUAAUGAAGAAUUAAAAAGUGUUGUCCAGGUUAUUGCAGAUACUGGGAAAUAUAAGAUAACUAAACAGACUUUCGAUUUUGAUCUAUGUGCUCUAGAUGCAAAAACAGUUCGUAAAUUGCAAGAGUUUUUUACAGCCACUUGACAACUAUUAUUAGUUGCUACAUGUUAAAUACUGUAGCUGUGUUAAAUUAGUAAAAUUUUCAUUGUUAUCUUGAAUUAGCCAAUCAACCAGCCCCCUAACAUUUGUACUUGUUUACAUUUCCUGUAUGUAUGUAUAUUCUUGCUAGAAAUUUGUUUUGAGAAAGGGGGAAUUCAAUUGGGGAAGGGAAAAAUGGGGGGGGGGGGGGGGGGGGGUACUUUAGUGUAUACAAUAAGUUUAUCUAUCGAUCUCAGACUAGGUCAUUUAUUUAGUACCUUCCUUUGUGACAAACUUUUAUUUCUAAGUGUGACUCAUUGGAAACUUAUGACUGGCACCGAUUUGUGUAUUUCUUUAUCAAAAUCUUUGUUACAUCCAGGCCACUGUGAGAUUAGGAUAAAGUUCAUUUUGCUACAAAAAAAAAGAAGAAAAAAAGCUCUGGUAGAUUGGAAAGGAGAUAAAACAUUCAUUUCAAAGGAUUCAACAAUGCCUCUUUCUGUUCAAUGGAAUCCCUCUGUUUAUGUUUGCAAUGUAAGCAUACUUCAGUAACAUCAUUAUCUGAGAAAAAGAUGUGAUGUGGAAAUUUUUCUAUGGCCUUUUAAAGCUGGUAAAAUGCAUCCUUCCUGAUGUGUGAUGGAAUCCUUGCAAACAUGGCAGAAAUACUGUAUGUUUUACAAGACUGUUAUUAACCCUUCUUGAUUCUUGUGUGCAUAAUAAGCCACAGUAUGAAGUAAAUCACUUGGGAAGUUACUUCAAAGAGUUGCAUGCUAUGUUUUGUGUAUUUAUUUGUUGUCAGCCAAAAUCAGAGGAGCAAUUAAUAGUUAUUGCUAUGUUUAUUUUGAUUUUAUGUAUUGUAUAAUGUUUUCUCUUAAUUUAAUUUUGUGUUGCUUAGCAAUGUGAUUUUUGCUUCUCUGGUUGUGGACAUCUUAUCUAGCAUCCUUGUGUCAUGUACUAGUACAUAUGAUCUCAAAAUGGUGUGAGGCAUAAUGCGUAGAAAAUUUAUUGGAAUCAGUUUCAUUGUAUAGGUAGAUAAUUGAUUUUUAAUAUUUAUGAUCUCUCGUCUAGGCAUGUUAGGCUUAUGUGGAGUGACCUUUGAUUUUCUUGUUUCGACUCUGAAGAGCACAAUUAUUUUGAACCAUUUAAGAACAUCUUUGGUCAUUACUUUCACUUUAUUUGCUCUCAUCCUACUAAUAAUCAUAUGAACCUUGCAUCAUAAGUAUUCCUAUCAAGGUCUUCCAUUGUUAGAUAUCUUAUACCCAUUACAUCUGUGAAACACAAUUGUGUUUUUUUUUUCCCAUUUGCAAUCCAGUAGUUGUUUUUUGAUUGAUUUUCAAAUCACUUUUUUCUAGGGACAUUGCUGAUUUUCAACUCUACAGUACCAUCAUAAAUCAUUUUGUUUGAGCAUUGGCUUACAACAUGUUAAAAUGCAUUUAUACUUUGUGUUAGUGUACAUACUAUUUACUAGGACUUAACUGCAUUUAUACUAUAGAAAGCAAUCUUCUUGCAAAAAGAAGGAAAUUUUCUCAUGAUGCCUCUCAUUAUCUUAAUUGAUUACUUACAUGACACCAGAAUGACUAUUGGCAAGACUCUUUUAAGUGAGUUUUUCCAACACUUUUAUAAACUUUAUUCAUUCUAGUCAAGUGCCAAAGGCACAAUUUUGCAAAUGGAUUAUUUCGGGUGUAGAAGUGAAGAAGCGCUAGUAGAAACUCUGAGGUGAUGGGUGAUGUCUCAAAUAUAACAAAUAUAAUUAAGCAGCACAUAUAUUAAAAGUAUUCUGUUACUUUUGUUUCAAUCACUCAUGAUUUUGUUAACUAGGUGAUGGUAUGUAUAAACUAUCUGAAGCAGCAUUUGUUUCAAAUAGUGCAUUGAUAAUUUUGGUUUCCAGGUCAUGUAUUUAUUUGCAUCACUCAAUGAAAAUGUUAUUGGCCUUGCUAUUUCAUAGACUUCAUUAAAUUUUAUUGAAAGAUGCAGGUAGUGCCAACAAAAUUCACUUACUUACCAACAAGGGCAUCUUCUGUUGCUUCGAAGAAUCUCACAGAAGGUUGAAAUUUAUUCUCUACUUCACGCGUUUGUGGUGGGACCUUGUGGGAGUGUUUCUUAACUCAAAGGAUGUUACCAUGUUGCUCCUGAGGGUUGGGUUAUGUAUGAUUUUGAAGAGUAAAAAAGCUAGUGAUUCAGGUGCAGUUUUAAAACAUUUCAUUUCAUUCUUAGGUAAUUGUUUUCUUUUUUCAAAAAGGCAUAUUUUGUUAAAACUUUGCAUUUGAGAAGAUUUCUAAUAUAGAUGUGAGGACACAAAUUAAUAGUCUCUAAUCAAACAGCCUAGGUGUAUGACAUGAUCCAGUCCACGUUUACUGUACUUUGUAUAUUUAUCAUGUAAAUAAAGUGUACAGUCUUGGUUGUGUUACUGAA